AUGGCUCCCAAUCAAUCCCUAACCUUUCUCUUCUUCCUCCUUAUCCUCUGUGGCCUCACCUACGGAAGGUUGAUCACGGACGGUUCAUCGUCCUCAGAUCUGAUAUCUGACGGCGUCAAUGGUGAUUUCCGGUGGCCACAGAUCCUCCGGCUCAACCGGUUCUUCACAUCGGAGGAGGCUUGCGAGCAGACCUACGGACUCAUGCCAUGUACGACCUCCAUAGUUGGCAAUAUCUUUCUUAUCCUUGUCUACGGUUACCUCAUGUUCCUCGCCGCCACGAGCCUCUCCAAUGGCAGUGAGCUUUUGCUGCAGAUUCUCGGUCCUGGUCUUAUUGGCGGACUGUUGCUUCCCGUGCUUGGUGCGCUUCCCGACGCCAUGCUCAUUCUCGUAUCUGGACUAUCCGGAAGUACAGAGGUUGCUCAAAGUCAGGUCUCAGUUGGAAUGGGCUUGCUAGCUGGGUCAACAGUCAUGCUUCUUACAGUAAUAUGGGGAAUAUGUGUAAUUGUUGGCAAGUGUGACCUAGAGAAUUCAGUUGCCAUAGAUGGAAAGGAUACUAAAGGGUUUGACUUAUUUGGCUCUGGUGUUAACGUUGAUAUCUGGACCAGCUAUGCUGCAAUGAUCAUGGUGAUAUCUGUGAUCCCAUUUAUAUUGGUCCAGCUGCUACAAGUUCUCCAUUCAACUUCAGGAAGACACUUGUCAGUCUUGAUUGCACUUAUUCUCUCCCUGACACUGCUGAUCUCAUAUUGCCUUUAUCAGGUAAUGUAUCUUCUGUGGCAGUUUGAUAUUCUAUGGGUGCAUGCAGUAAUUUCAAAUCAUGUCGGAUGA